AUGCCUUCCAUCGACAUUGCAUCCGCACCAACCGCUCAUCUCGAAGGCGCCAAACCCAUGACGACGUCUGCACCUGCGCAUGCGCAAUCGGAGCCGGUGCUGCGCGUGUUGCGUGACAAGGAGCACCCGAACGCAAAGCUGCCGACGCGUGGCUCUGCCUUGUCGGCCGGUUAUGAUCUGUACGCGUCUGAAGACGCGACGAUUCCCAAGCGCGGAAGAGCAGCAGUCCAGACGGGCAUCCGUCUCGCUAUUCCGUAUGGAUGCUAUGGUCGCGUGGCGCCUAGGAGCGGCCUUGCGUCAAAGCAUGGCAUCGAUGUGGGUGCUGGCGUCGUUGAUGCUGAUUACAGGGGUUUGCUCGGCAUCUUGCUGUUCAACUUUACGGAUGAGGACUUUACAAUCAAAGCCGGGGACAGGAUCGCGCAGCUGGUUCUCGAACGAAUCUGCAUGGCAGACAUUCAAGAAGUUGAGAACCUUGAUGAGACAGCACGCGGUGCAGGAGGGUUUGGAUCUACCGGUGGAUUUGGGCCGCAGACAACGGCCUAG